GCUAUUCAGCCGGUGCGCGCGACUACGGGAGGCUGCGUCAGGGGAGUCCACUCGACGCUUAGUCCCKAGAGCGUGCCCUGGACCGCCAGCUUAGUCCAGAAUCAGGCGUGUAGCCGAACGGAAGCAAGUGGCAGCAAGGACUGGUGGCCGGUGCCUGAGCUCCGCGGGCGGGAAGCACCCAGGAUCGGGGAAGCCCCGGGAGCUGCGCUGCGGCGCCUCCCUCACCCUAGGGGCAGCAGUGACGGUCACGGGGCGCGGCGCCACCGCGCGCGACCCAGGCCAGGAUUCUAAACAGAAGCCCAGGCUCCUCCUUCGAUCGGGCCACCUCACCUUCGGGCAGCACCGCCUCGCCUCCGCGGGUGUAGACGACACCUGCGCCUCCUCGCUACGGGUCUCCGCCCCUCGCCCUUCCCCCCACAACCCCCCCCUUCCUCGACUGCCAGGCCCGGGCAGCUCACCUGGACCAGCGCAGGCUGCGGGAGCUAGGCGCCAGGGGCGCGGCGCCCUAGUCACUGUCCCAGGAGGACGCAGGUGGAGCGAGCGCGGUUUCGUGGAACGUGCGGGCGGUCGCCGCCUUCCCGGUCGCAGAGUCGGGGGGACCGGGCUGUUUGUGCCGGUUAGGAGCUGCAACCGGCUGGGCACCAUGAACAGCAGCAGCGCCAACAUCACCUAUGCCAGUCGCAAACGGCGGAAGCCGGUGCAGAAAACAGUAAAGCCAAUCCCGGCUGAAGGAAUCAAGUCAAAUCCUUCCAAGCGACAUAGAGACCGACUUAAUACAGAAUUGGACCGUUUGGCUAGCCUGCUGCCUUUUCCCCAAGAUGUUAUUAAUAAGCUGGACAAACUUUCAGUUCUGAGGCUUAGUGUCAGUUACCUGCGAGCCAAGAGCUUCUUUGAUGUUGCAUUAAAAUCCUCUCCCACUGACAGAAAUGGAAGCCAGGAUAGCAGUAGAGGAAAAUUCAGAGAAGGCCUGAACUUGCAAGAAGGAGAAUUCUUAUUACAGGCUCUGAAUGGAUUUGUGCUGGUUGUCACUACAGAUGCUUUGGUCUUUUAUGCUUCUUCUACUAUACAAGAUUACCUGGGCUUUCAGCAAUCUGAUGUAAUACAUCAGAGCGUGUAUGAACUUAUCCAUACUGAAGACCGAGCUGAAUUUCAACGUCAGCUGCACUGGGCAUUGAACACUUCUCAGCAUACAGACGCUGGACAAGGACUUGAUGAAACUCAUGGCCUCACACAGCCAGGAGUCUAUUAUAGCCCAGAGCAGCUUCCUCCAGAAAACUCUUCCUUUAUGGAGAGGUGCUUCAUAUGCCGGCUAAGGUGUCUGUUGGAUAAUUCAUCUGGUUUUCUGGCAAUGAAUUUCCAAGGAAGGUUAAAAUAUCUUCAUGGACAGAACAAGAAAGGGAAAGAUGGGUCAAUACUUCCUCCUCAGUUGGCUUUGUUUGCAAUAGCUACUCCACUUCAACCGCCAUCCAUACUUGAAAUUCGAACCAAAAAUUUCRUCUUUAGAACCAAACACAAACUAGACUUUACACCUACUGGUUGUGAUGCCAAAGGACAGAUUAUUUUAGGCUAUACUGAAGCAGAGCUGUGUUCAAGAGGAUCAGGAUAUCAGUUURUUCAUGCUGGUGAUAUGCUUUAUUGUGCCGAAUUACAUAUUAGGAUGAUUAAGACUGGAGAAAGUGGCAUGACAGUUUUCAGGCUUCUUACAAAACACAAUGGAUGGACAUGGGUCCAGUCCAACGCACGCUUAGUUUAUAAAAAUGGAAGACCAGAUUAUAUCAUCUCAACCCAGAGACCUCUAACAGAAGAAGAAGGAAGGGAGCACUUACGAAAACGAAAUAUGAUGCUGCCUUUUAUGUUUACYWCUGGAGAAGCUAUGUUGUACGAGAUUACCAACCCUGUUCCUCCCAUAAUGGAUGCCUUGCCAAUAAGGAAUAAAACCAGCACUAGUGGAAAAGACUGUGCUACCACAUCAACUCCAAAUAAGGAUUCUCUGCAUCCCAGUUCCAUCCUGUAUGCCAUGAUGCAACAAGAUGAAUCUAUUUAUCACUAUCCUGCUUCGAGUACUGUACCUUUUGAAAGAAAUUUUUUUAAUGAACCUGUGAGUGAAUGCAGUAAUUCGCAAGGCAAUAUCAUUACAGUGGGAAAUGAUAAUAUCCUAAAACAUGAGCAAAUUGGACAUUCUCAGGAAAUGAACCCAACAGUUUCUGGAGUUCACACAGGGCUCUUUCCAGAUAAUAAAAAUAAUGAAUUAUACAGUAUUAUGAAAAACCUAGGCAUUGAUUUUGAAGAUAUCAAAUGCAUGCAGAAUGAGGAAUUUUUCAGAACUGACUCUUCUGGUGAGGUUGACUUUAGAGACAUUGACAUAACAGAUGAAAUCCUAACAUAUGUCCAAGAUUCUUUAAAUAAGCCUACCUUCCUGAGUUCUGGUUACCAACAACAACAGUCUGUGGCUCUGAACCCAAGUUGUAUGGUACAGGAACACCUACAGUUAGAACAGCAGCAGCAUCUACAGCACCACCAAAAGCAAGUAGUAGCAGAGCCACAACAACAACUGUGUCAGAAAAUGAAGCAUAUGCAAGUUAAUGGCAUGUUUGCAAAUUGGAACUCUAACCAGCCUGUGCCUUGCAGUUGUCCUCAGCAAGACCUACAACAAUACAAUGUCUUUUCAGACUUACAUGGGGCCAGUCAAGAGUUCUCCUACAAAUCUGACAUAGACACUAUGCCUUAUACACAGAACUUUGUUCCCUGUAAUCAGCCUGUGUUACCACAGCAUUCCAAGUGUACACAGUUGGACUUUCCUGUAGGAAAUUUUGAGCCGUCCUUAUACCCUUCUACUUCUAAUUUGGAAGAUUUUGUCACUUGUUUACAAGUUCCUGAAAACCAAAAGCAUGGAAUGAAUCUGCAGUCAACCAUAACAACUCCUCAGACAUGUUAUGCUGGGGCCAUGUCAAUGUAUCAGUGCCAGCCAGAUCCUCAGCACACCCAUGUGGAUCAGAUGCAAUACAAUCCAACAAUUCCAGGCCCACGGGCAUUUUUAAACAAGUUUCAGAAUGGAGGUGUUUUAAAUGAGACAUAUCCAGCUGAAUUAAACAACUUAAGUAAUGCUCAGACCACCACUCAUCUGCAGCCACUUCAUCAUCCAUUAGAAGCCAGACCUUUCCCUGACUUGCCACCUGGUGGAUUCCUAUAAUGCCAAGUCCAAUUUUCACCUGAAUUUUUGGAUCAGAUUAAUUUGUGAAGGAUCAUAGAACAAUAAAACUGUAAAUGUUGGGCAUCAGCAAGUUCACAUGGAGGCACUGAUGCAUGUUGUUCGCACUGAUAUUCCAAACCAAAUUUUAAUCUUUGUUUUUACAAAAGGAGUUUUAAAAACAUAUCAAUGUGGUAGAUUAUCAUCAUUACAAUAGAAAGUGUGGUGCCACAGAGUAGUGAGAUGCCAUCUAUGUUUCAUAUCACCUGAGCACUGCAGAAGACACAAAACUUAUUCAGGGGAACUUUGAUAUUCUCAAAUUAGAAAACUUUAUGUAAAUUAUUUGUCAGAAUAAAAAUGAAACACUUUCAGUUUGAACUCUGGGUUCUCAUUAGUAGACUAAGUACAAAGUUACAAGACUAACCUAUUUCCCUAUAUUUUUAGCCUCUGCUUUUUUAUCUCAGAUGUUGAAAUAAAUGGUUUGGUGCUUUACAAAUAGAUAAUCUCAAUGCUCUCCUCCUACACUGUUAAUCUAAGUGCCUCACAUUUUUUCCUACCUAUAACACUGUAGGAUGUAUAUUUUAUAUAAAURUUCCUUUCCUUUUUUAAACUAAUAACAUUCUUUUGGCACAUAAAUAUUAUUUGUUUCCUAAAUCAAAUMAUUUUAAGUAAUUCAGGCAUGUUUUACUGCACUACUCACCCUCUAUUUUCAGGUAGAGGGUAAAUAAUAUUUGAAAAGAUAAUUAUUUAUUAUGUAAUCUAGUUGUUUCUAGACUAAAUAUUGCUAUGUGCCUUAUGUUGAAAAAUUUUGAAAGUAAAAUGUCUUUUCAAAUUAUUUCUUAAUUAUUAUAUAAAUAUUAAGACUGUAGCACUUAUAUUUCAAMAGUGUUUUCCAAAAAGAUAAUCACUGUUUAUACCUUUACUAAAGUCUCCACAAUGAUAGUUAAUGUCUCAGUGUGAAAAAAAAUUGCUGUUAAAUGUAACCAUGUUUAUUGAAUCGAAAUGAAGAGAAGAGCUUUAUGUCUAGCUUUUUAAUUAAAUUAAGCAAAGCACUCAUUUCAAUGUGUAUAAAUGUCUUUAAAAACUAUCUUAGAUCUGUAAUCCUUUAUGAUAUAUUGACUUUAUAAAUUUCACUUUUAGAACAGUGGAAACGGUUUGUUUUUCCUCAUAUUUGAGGAAUGUUAAGAUUGAAGAUAGCAAUGUUUGGUGCAAAGUAUUGUAAAGAGUGAAAUGAAUGUUGCAUUGUGUAGAUAUGAUGAACAAAAUUAUUUGUAAAAUAMUUUUCAUAUAAGAAUACCUUAUAUAUGCACAUAAAUAAUUUGUUUGGGCUUUACAUAUUUUAUCAGUGUAUCUUCUUACAUUAAAUAAUGAAUUUAAUGUUUAAGUUGAUAUUAAGAAAAAGCCACACAGUUUGUUUACCUUUAAACAUUAGGUUGUUUUUAUGCUAUCAUGGCCUGUAUUCCAUAAAGCAAAUUUAAUCACCCUUCCAAUUUUACUGUCCUCAAAUGAUUUAAAGGAAAAAAUGCUACUAUCUGCCAUUCUUCUUUUGCUUUGUUUUUAUAUAACUCCUGAAGGUUGUAAAAACAUUGUGCAUACAUUAUUUUAAAAUCCGAUGGAAUCUCAAACUUAAAUGUAGUAUUAGAAUAGAUUAUUUUUCAUUUCUUUUCUCUUUUUUUAGUAAAUUAAUGUAUAUAAAUAAGGCUUCAAACAAAAUCUCUUCAAUUCUAAACUUUUUAAGUCACAAUUUUGAAUUUAUAGGAUUAAUUUAAAUGUUAAAAAAUAUGUCUAAACAUUUCAUAAUUUGUUUCAGCCAGARGUAUCACUAAGGAUUUAGACCAGUGUUCUAGAUUAAUAUUCUAUUUUUAUGUUUAAACUUCUCAUUGAAGUCUUCUUAUAAACUAUUUUUUGUUAGUCUCUUUCACAUGUAUGGGAUGAAUUGUUUAGUUGAAAAAAAUAGGCUUUUAAAAUUGUGAAUAUGAUGAUAAUCAACUAUACACUUAUAAAAUUUAAAGUUUUUAAAGCAGUAUUGUAUAUUUUUAACUAUAUAAAAUAACUGAAAUUUAAGAAUAAUAAAAUCACAUUAAACCAAAUAUACCUUUGUCUGUAUUGCUAAGUGCCAAAGAAAGAAAGAAUGCUAACUGCUGUAUUGAGAUGAUGUACCCAUCUAGGGAUGUGACUGUCAAAUUUGAGCUUUCCUAUACCGGGUUGUUCUUAUGGUACCUGAAGAUUUAUAAGUGUUCCAAUGUAUUAUGAAGCUUUUCAAUCAUUAUAUGUACAAACUAGCAUUUUUCACUAUUAAUCAAUUUUGGGUGAACAUUUUCAUGGCUUUUCUCUAUCCUUCAAACUAUUACUGCUUACAUAAGCCAUGCAUAGAUUUUUGUUUAGAGUAUGAUUUAUAACUAUCCUUCCUAUCAA